AUGAGUCUCCGCGACUUGGUCGAUGGCGAGGCCAUGAGGGAUGAUGACGAGAAUGACGCGGAUGUCGCUGAACAUUAUGAAGGCGAUGAAGGUGAGGUCCGCGAGGGCGCCGGGACCGUGAACCACUACAAUGACUCGAGUGAGGAAGAUGAAGAAGAGGACGAUGACGAAGAGGCUGCUCGCGCCGUUCGUGAAGGAUUCAUCGUCGACGAAGAUGAAGAGAUCGAAGACCGCCGUCGUCACCACAGGGGCAAGCGAUCACGCCCUCGGGAAGAGGAACAUCUCGACGAGGAUGAUCUGGAGCUGAUCGGUGAACAUGUACCUGGGCUGAGCCGUGGUCAACCUUCUGAGAAUAAAUUCAAACGCCUCAAACGCAGAAAAGACCGUGAUAGUCACCAACCAUCCCAAGGUGUUGAUGCCAUCUUCAAUUCGGACGAGGAGGAGGAACCGGAACCUUACAAACAUGCUGGGCCCCGUCGAGGCGGGCACGACGAGUUUGACGACUUUAUUGAAGAGGACACAUUUUCGGAUGAAGAGGGUCAGCGUGAACGAGACGACCUGGAAGUUGCGCCUCCAUCCAGAGCACAUGUACCCGGUCUGGGUGCUACCGAAGGCGCCGGCCUAGACGAAAAUGCCCUGGAGGACCUUCGUGCAGCAUUUGGCGAUGGUACAGAAUACAGAUUCGCCCUCGACAUUGAAGAACAGGAGGAGGAGGACAAAGUGACCGAGUCGCGAAAGAUCAAUAUGACCGAUGUCUUCGAACCCUCGGAGCUAGCGGAAAGAAUGUUGACGGAGGAGGACAACGAGAUCCGUCUCCUAGAUGAGCCCGAACGCCAUCAACUUUCACGCAAGCCAUACCGCCAUGUGGUGCUUUCGGAGGACCAAUUCAGAGAGGAAGCGGUCUGGAUCUCGAAUUUGAUGCUGCUCAAGAAGCGCAUGGACCCGGAACUGCGUGAGCCCUUCCAACGAUCGGUGGCCAAGAUGCUCGAAUUCUUGAUUACAGAUGACUAUGAAGUUCCGUUCAUUUUCCAACACCGGAAGGAUUACAUGAUCCACGCUGUGAAGGAGACUCUGAAUGGAGAGGAUCCCGCGGAUGAGUCGGCACAAUACCAUGUUCGUGCUGAAAAGCUCCUGAACAUGACAGACUUAUGGGACAUCUUCGAAUACGACCUCAAGUUCCGCUCGUUCAUCGACAGACGCUCCACAAUCCAAAAAACCUAUGAAAAUCUGCAAAGUCUUUUCAAUGUUAGUGACAGCAUUGUGGAGGAUCUUUCGGUUUCGGCGACCACCGUCGAGGAGCUGCAGGACGUGCAAGAGUAUAUGCAUUUCCAAUAUGCCUCUCAAAUCCAUGACGCAUCGACCGUGAAUAGCGAAACCAAUGGCGAAACCCAACGACGCAAGACGACCGGCAAGACCAUCUUUGAACGAGUUCGAAAUGGCAAGGCAUAUGGGUUGGUGCGUGCCUUUGGCAUAACUGCCGACGCCUUUGCACAAAAUGCCUCCAAAGAGGGUCGUCGUCAAUACACAGAAGACCCCACCGAGGGCCCAGACGAGCUGGCCGAUCAAUUUGUGGAUACCAAUUUCACAAGCGGCUCUCAUGUUCUGAAAGCCGCCAAAUCUAUGCUUGCUGAGGAAAUCUCUUGCAGCGCUAAAAUGCGCAAGGUCAUUCGACAAGCAUACUACAUGAACGGUGUGGUUGAUUGUUUCCGCACAGAGAAGGGUCUGCGCCGAAUUGACGAACAGCAUCCUUACUACGAAUUCAAAUAUUUGCGGAACCAGCAACUCAGUGAUAUUGCUCGUCAGCCGGAAAUGUUCUUGCGCAUGCUGAAGGCUGAGGAGGAAGGCCUUGUGGAAGUUCGUGUGCGCUUCGAGAAUUUCAAUCAAUUCCGCCAGAGACUCUACACCGACAUCGAAUCUGACAACUACUCAGAAGUUGCCGACGCUUGGAACCGCCUCCGCCGCGAAGUGUUGGAUAUGGCCUUGGUCAAACUGGAGCGCCUUAUCAACCGCAGUGUCAAAGAAAACAUCCGUCAAGAGUGUGAGAACCACGUUGCCAGAGAGUGCCGCGAGGCAUUCUCUCAACGAUUGGACCAAUCUCCUUAUAAACCCAAGGGUAUGGUUCUGGGCACAGUGCCCCGGAUCAUUGCACUCUCCUGCGGAAGCGGUGUUGUGGGUAGAGAUCCUAUCCACUGGGCCUACGUCGAGGAAGAUGGUCGUGUGCUAGAAAAUGGAAAAUUUUCAGACUUGUCGGUUGGCGACCAAAACCGUGGUGUCAAUGAUGGCGCCGAUGUGGCAGCGUUUUUGGAUUUGGUGGAGAGACGAAAGCCAGAUGUUAUCGGAGUGUCCGGUAUGACACCGGAGACUCGUCGUCUCUACAAGCUUCUGUCUGAGCUCGUUGAGUUGAAGGAUAUCCGUGGUGCAUUUUACACAGAUGACCGUGAUGAAGAGAUCAGUGAUCCUUUGGAGGUGGUUAUUGUCAAUGAUGAGGUCGCUCGCCUUUACCACCAAAGCCCAAGGGCCCGCCAAGAUAACCCAGGGUUCGGACCAUUAACACAUUACUGUGUCGCUUUGGCUCGAUAUCUGCAAUCCCCCCUGAAAGAGUAUGCCUCACUCGGUCGCGACAUUGUGUCUAUUCAAUUUAAACCCGGUCAGCAGUUGGUGACAGAAGAACUGCUGCUCAAGCAGCUGGAGACAGCCCUAGUUGACAUGGUCAACUUGGUGGGAGUGGACCUCAAUGAGGCCGUUCACGACACAGCAAGCGCCAAUCUUCUACCUUAUGUAUGUGGACUUGGGCCCCGUAAGGCAGCCCAUCUUCUCAAGGUCGUCAACAUGAACGGAGGCAACGUGAACAACCGAAUGGACCUGCUGGGUGUCGGUGAAAACAUUCAGUACCCUGCGAUGGGCAUCAAGGUAUGGAACAACUGCGCUAGCUUUGUGUUCAUUGACUAUGAAAAUGCCGAUCCGGACGCCGACCCUCUUGACAACACUCGUGUGCAUCCCGAAGACUACGAUAUCGCGCGCAAGAUGGCUGCCGAUGCUUUGGAGCUGGAUGAGGAAGAUAUCAAGGCCGAGACCGACGAGAACGGCACUGGUGCCAUUGUUCGGAAGUUAUUCCGCGACGAGCAACAAGAUCGCGUCAACGACUUGAUCCUGGAGGAGUAUGCGGAGCAGCUUGAGAAGAACCUCAACCAGCGGAAGCGUGCAACUCUUGAAACCAUUCGUGCAGAAUUGCAACAACCGUAUGAGGAGCUGCGAAAACAAUUUGUCUUCCUCAGCAGCGACGACAUCUUUACCAUGCUCACAGGCGAGACGGCAGAAUCGCUGCACGCUGGCAUGGUGGUUCCUAUUGCGAUCAAGCGGGUGUUCGAAGAUCACAUUGAUGCCAAACUAGACUGUGGAGUCGAUGCGCUGGUCGCAGAGACCGAACUCGGCGUGCCCCACGAUCUUCCAGUGCGCAACGCCUAUGCGCCGCAUCAAACAGUUCCGGCUAAGAUCUUGUUCCUUAACCGCAAGAACUUCACCUGCAAUGUGUCCCUGCAUGAAGAUCAAGUCAGCCAUCCCUCUUAUCGCAACCCGGACCGCGGCUACGGCGAUUGGGAUGAUCAGCAGGAACGUGCCGACAAGGAUGCUAUGCAAGAGAAGACACAGCAGGGUGGACAAGCCAUGCGUGUGAUUAAGCAUCCCCUCUUCCAUCCAUUCAACUCCACCCAAGCAGAGGAGUACUUGGGCUCUCGCGCUCGUGGCGAGGUCAUUAUUCGUCCAUCAUCCCGUGGCCACGACCACCUUGCUGUUACAUGGAAGGUGGCACACGGUGUCUAUCAACAUAUUGACGUACUGGAGUUGGAUAAGGAGAAUGAGUUCUCCGUGGGCCGUGUUCUGAAGGUUGGAGGCAAAUAUACCUACAGUGAUCUUGACGACCUGAUCGUCAACCAUGUCAAGGCGAUGGCCCGCAAGGUCGAGGAGAUGACGCUGAAUGAGAAAUUCCAAGAUGGCAGCAAGGCCGAGACCGACCAAUGGCUCGAGACUUACACCAAGGCUAACCCGCGUCGUUCCGCCUAUGCAUUCUGCACCAACCCUAAAUACCCCGGCUACUUCUACCUUUGCUUCAAGGCGGGUGAGAACUCGCGACUCCAGAACUGGCUAGUCAAGGUGAUUCCUCAGGGCUACGAGCUUCAGAAGAAUCCCUAUCCCGACAUGCAGGCCCUCUGCAAUGGCUUCAAGUUGAUGUUUAGCAACAUGCAGAGUCGGGUCAGGAGGUGA